CAGCAGGAUAUUUUAACUUCACAGUGUUUUCUUUAAAUACAAGUUCGUUGAAAAGUUGAGUCUUGAACGCACCCCAUGUAAAAUCAUAUUUAGGGCGGUUGCUGUUCUCUGCAGACCGGCUUCUACGGGAAAUGGUAAACGCUCCCAUGACCUCAUGGAGAGAAAGCGCUUUGAAGCAUGGCUCCAAUCUGUUUCCACUUCCUUUCUCACCUUGACGGAGCCCCAGAAGAAUGAGACCCUGGAUCACCUGAUCAGCCUGAGCGGGGCGGUGCAGCUCCGACACCUGUCCAACAACCUGGAGACUCUGCUCAAGAGGGACUUCCUCCGCCUCCUCCCCCUGGAGCUCACCUUCUACCUGCUCAGGUGGCUCGACCCCAAGACCUUGCUCACCUGCUGCCUGGUGUGCAAGCGCUGGAACAAGGUCAUCGGCGCCUGCACGGAGGUAUGGCAGGGAGCCUGCAAAGCGCUCGGCUGGCAGGUCGACGACUCCCUUCAGGACGCCAUGCACUGGAAGAAGGUUUACAUGAAGGCCAAGCUGAGGAUGAGGCAGCUGGAGGAGCGAGAAGCCUUCGAGACCUCCUCUUUAAUUGGGCACAGCGCCAGGGUGUAUGCACUCUACUACAAGGAUGGGCUGCUGUGCACAGGCUCCGAUGACUUGUCAGCGAAACUGUGGGAUGUUUGCACUGGGCAGUGUAUCUAUGGCAUUCAGACGCACACUUGUGCUGCAGUGAAGUUUGAUGAACAGAAGCUAGUGACUGGAUCCUUCGACAACACCAUCGCCUGCUGGGAAUGGAGCACGGGGGCCAAAAUCCAGCAAUUCCGGGGACACACUGGCGCGGUCUUUAGUGUAGAUUACAAUGACGAGCUGGAUACCUUGGUCAGCGGCUCUGCAGAUUUUACAGUGAAGGUCUGGUCCUUGUCUGCGGGGGCGUGCCUCAACACCCUGACUGGACACACCGAAUGGGUGACAAAGGUGGUUUUACAAAAGAGUGAGGUGGAAUCAGUGAUGCAUAGUCCCGGGGACUAUAUUUUACUGAGUGCUGAUAAAUAUGAAAUCAAGAUCUGGCCAAUAGGAAGAGAAGUGAACUGCAAGUGCUUGAAGACCCUGUCGGUGUCUGAGGACCGCAGCGUGUGCCUGCAGCCCAGGCUCCAGUUCGACGGCAGAUACAUCGUGUGCAGCUCCGAUCUCGGGUUGUACCAGUGGGACUUUGCCAGUUAUGACAUUCUUAGUAAACCAGCACAAGGAACGUUGUUGACGUGGUCGCAUAUAGCUGAACGGGUCAUCAAAACACAAGACUCUGCAAACCUGUCCUUGCUAAGUCUUGGAGAAGUGUUCGCCCUGCUGUUUGACAACCACUAUCUGUACAUAAUGGACCUACGGACCGAACAAAUAACAGGGCGCUGGCCUUUGCCCGCGUACAGGAAAUCUAAAAGGGGCUCCAGCUUUCUCCCAGGGGUCACAGGGUGGCUUAACGGACUUGACGGCAGCAACGACGCUGGCUUGGUGUUUGCCACCAGCAUGCCGGAUCAUAGCAUUCACUUGGUGUUAUGGAAGGAGAACGAGUGAAGCCGAAGAGAAGGAGCCUCAUGUAACUGGCACUGCUUAUUUUAAAUCCAUGCCCAUGAAGUCCGACCAGCAUUGCAUGAACCAAAGGUUGGCACCUGAAGAAUCUGCCAUCCAGUGCACACGUAGCACCAUCACACGCCCUGCUUUUUAAAUACUACUACUACUACUAAUAAUAAUAAUACGAAAAAAUAAAUGCAAGCCGGCAUGCUCAAAGACAUUCUUUAUUUUUUGUAUUUAUCGUCAAUUUUUAUUUCACUGUUUCAGUGGAGAACAUUGAAAAUCAUGGAGCUUUUUUUUUUUUUAAGGAACUGCACUAAACAGCUUUCUCAUUUUAAUUAAUUUUUGUUAGCAUCUCUUUAUUCGAAUGAGAGCUCUUCCCCUUUUUUUCUUUUAGAAUCUGAUGAAAAAUUUCUUUUAGAAAAAUGAUGAAUGUACCAGUAAACAAUAGCCUUUCUUAGGAGCUUUGUAACUUGUCAAAACGCCACAUCUUCUGAUGAUAAUAAUAAUAAUAAUAAUAAUAAUAACAGGUCCCCUCUUGCAUUGGACUAGUGAGUUUCACAGGAUUGUCAGCAGAGAAUCUGGCACCUUAUUUUUGGCAUCAACUGCCCGAGUUGUGGUGGUCAGUGCACACAACACACCAGAAAGCUGGCUGAUCGGUGGCCUCUGACAUUGAUUGUUCUGUAGCGCGACUUUGGGUCCGCCCUGCAUGUAUAUAAUCUAAUCGGACAUCGUUGCUCAAGUAUCUGAUUGCUAAGACGUGGCGGUAUUGAAAUGUUGCCUAGUUUUCUUAGUGUUUCGUACUAUACUAUAAGGCACAACUGUCCUCAACUAACACAGCUAAGAAAUUACAGAAUAAUCAUUAGAUGAUUCUUCUUGUUUUUACUGUUAUUAUUAAUGAUGAUGUCUGAACUAAACGUUUUGCUCCAGUGUAAAGUUUGCACAUUUACCCUUUCUGCUAAACUGUUAAUUUCAAACUAGCAAUGCAAGUAGGAGCCCUUAAGCAAUGCUAUUAUUAUUAUUAUUAUUAUUAUUAUUAUUAUUAUUAUUUAUUGCUAGGAAGCAAACUGUAGCAAAACGUUGCCCGAAUCGGAUUCCUUUGAGUCUAGUUCUGGGUUUUUAACAUGUCGAUGUUGUCUAUAAACUACAGAUAAUUCAGCUGCUGUUGUUUUCAAGUUACCCUAAAUGAGAAGGCGAAAUGAUACAUUCAUAAAGUUGUGUUUUCUUUCAGAACAAUAAUUAUGUUUAAUUAAUUUAGGGUUUUUAAAUGCCAAAUCUCUCUCACUCUCUCUCUCUCUCUCUCUCUCUCUCUACACACAUAUAUAAUUUCAGGCAGAAUUAUUAUUAUUAUUAUUAUUAUUAUUAUUAUAUUCCCUUUGAAUGUAUUCACUUGCUGUCUGUGUUUCUCUUCCCUAACUUCAAUUCUGUGACAUGGACGCUCAUUUCUGCUCCACUUGCUUUUCUGAGUGUCUUUAUUUUUACACUAUAUUUCAAUAUAAAAAGAAAUGCUUGAUCCAC